CUCUGCCCGAAUCGACAGGAUCGCUCGUAUACCGAGCCACCAUGUUCUUCAUCAAAGAAUUGACCCACACAAUCUUACUCCAUCCGUCAUACUUUGGUCCUCGGAUGCUCCAGUUCCUCGAGUCAAAACUUUACUCAGACGUAGAGGGAACAUGUUCAGGCGCAUUCGGAUACAUCAUCGCAGUCGUCUCCAUCCUUGAUAUCGGAAAAGGCAUGGUAUUGAGCGGAAGUGGUCAAGCCGAAUUCAUCACUCGCUAUCGUGCAAUAGUCUUCAAGCCAUUCAAGGGAGAAGUGGUCGACGGGGUCGUGAACAACGUUAAUAAGAUGGGCUUCUUUGCUGACGUCGGGCCGUUAACAGUUUUUGUGUCGCACCAGCUGAUACAUCCAGACAUGAAAUUCGAUCCAACAUCGAAUCCACCAUCGUUUGCAUCAGAAGACCAGAUCAUCGAGAAAAACACUCGUGUACGACUAAAAAUAGUUGGAACUCGCGUUGACGCCACUGAAAUUUUCGCAAUCGGAACGAUCAAGGAAGAUCAUCUUGGUGUCAUAGACUAG